AGGAGGCGGGAAGCGGCGGCGGCGGCGGGAGCGGGGCCUGGGGCGGGAGAGGCGGCCGCGGUGCCUCGGGGAGGCGCCAGGGAGGCCGGGGAAGCGCCAGGGAGGCCGGGGAAGCGCCAGGGAGGCCGGGGAAGCGCUGGGAGCUGCCUCCCCUCAGCUCCGGGCUCACCGACCCGCCCUCGGCUGGGCCUGCCCCCCGGGCCUGCCUCACCGGGCCUGCCCCCCGGGCCUGCCCGCCGGGCCUGGGCCUCUCCCGCCGCUCCCCGCCGCCAUGGCAGUCGAUCCCAUGGCCUACGAGGCGCAAUUCUUCGGCUUCACCCCCCAGACCUGCAUGCUGCGCGUCUACAUCGCCUUCCAGGACUACCUCUUCGAAACGAUGCUGGUGGUGGAGAGGGUGAUCCUGAAGAAGCUGGACGGGUUUCCCGGCUCGAAGAUCAGCCCUUUCCAAGUCCGGAAAAGCACAGAGAAGUUUCUUCUCUUCAUGAAAGAGCACUUCGACAAGCUCUUCAGUAAAAUGGAAGAAGUGCUUUUGCAGCUGGUGUUGAACAUCCCGAAGAACGUGCUCCUCCCCGAGGACAAGGCCCACGAGCAGUAUCCCUACAGCAAGGAGCAGUUCCAGGCGCUUCAGGAUGAGAUCCAGCAGCUGCAGCAGCAGUACAGGGCGGAGGCCUCCGCUGGGCAGGCGCUGCGAGCGGAGCUGGAGGAACAGAAGGUGGUUCGGGCUGAGCUGGAGAAGAUGCUGCAAUGGUUUGAUGGGCUGGAGAGUAUCUGUAGGGAGCACGGGACUGGCAACUUCAAAGAGAGCUUUGCAUUCCUGACGCAGAACUCGAAGAAGCUGCAAGCUGUGCUGAAAGAUGUUGAAAAGAAAAGCGAAAAAAUAAAGAGGCACGAUCAGUCGUUGCAACAGAAAAGCUGAAAAGGUUUUGAAUCUCCUGCCCAGAUGUAUCAGGAGCUGUGGAUCCUAAUUCCUCCUUUCCUGGCACAGAUGUUGGGAAGACAUUAGACUCGUGAAUAAUUCAGAAGUUACUGCAAUUAAAAAAAAAAAAAAAAGAAGUAUUAAAAGUAGAAAAUAAACCUUGCAGCUCUGAGUUUUGAAGCUUUCCUGCAGAACCAGCUUGGUAAAACCUCUGUCUUUAAACACACGUGGCCUUGGUGUGGCUGGAGAGUUGUGAGGUUUGGUGGCCACUCCUGAAAUCCUUUGAUUUGUGAUGUUGAGCUCUCAGCUUCUGUGGUGGACAUGAGUGCAUGUGGAGGCUGGAGUUCAGGGGAGGGAAAAAUAGGGAAUUGGGUAAAAAGGCAGUUGCUUGUUUGGAAAACAACUGGGUGACUUAAAGGUCAUCACAUCUUCUUGGAGUCUGAAGAGGAAAAUGUCACGAUUAAGACAGUGUCUGCUGUGGGUCAUCUUGCUGAAGAAGUGUCUUCAGUUAUACCAUUAAUGUCAGUCUUGUUGCAGAAACCAGGCAUCUUCUAGUCUGUCAGCUGAAGGCAGAUAUGUAGAUAGUGUCUCAUUUCAUGCUAAAUUGUAAAGAAAAGCAUUUGAAAAACCUGCCAAGGAACAAAGGUGAGAAGGUGAACCCUGAGAGCCUGUGAGGGGUUUCAUGGGAGAAGAGCUGCGAGCAGGAACUGGACAAAGGGGGAUGAAACACUGGGCUGCAGCCCAUCCCUCUGGGCACAGCCCUGUCUAACAGCUCAUAAGGUCAUGAUUUAGUCCCUGAAGUCCCCAAAACCUUUGGUACUUUGUGUGAGAAAGAAGCAUUUCAGCACCCAGCUGGUUCAGGGUCGCAGCACUGUGGGAUGGGGUGUGGGCACUGGUGGGUGACAGGGUGACCUGACUUCUCCUGUAGACUGAGAGCUUUUCUGGUGUUUAUUUCUGAAAAAAAGGGUUGGGCUUUUUAGUGGAUGGAUCAACCAUUGAUAUGAACACAUGAACCAGGCAUUGAGGUUCUCAGGAGGAGAUCCCUUACACUGAACUCUCUGUUCAGGCUCCUCUGCAACGGGACAUGAAAUCCUGGUGGGCUGGUGACAAAAGCAUUUAGUUGCAAUAAAUGACUUAUGGAAAAGAGCAGAUCAUAGAAUGGUGAAGGUUGGGAGGGACCUCAAAAGAUCAUCAGGUUCCAACUUCCCUGCAUGGGCAGGGACACCUCCCACCAGCCCAGGCUGCACAAGCCUCUGUCUGUGAAGAAAAACAGGAACUUUGCUGUGACCCCCUCUGGAGAUAGUGGCUACCUAAAUUCCACUGCUAUUUACAUCCUGGAACCUAAUUUCUACUCUCCAUUUUUGUUCAUAAAAUCAAUUUUAAGAACAAAAGCCUUUAACUGCAGAGGCAGUGGGAUACACAGGGAAGGUUUUGCCACAUAUAAUCCUGCCCAAAGAGUCAUAAAGAGCCUUGCCAGGAGAUGCAGCACCUUUCAGUAACAUCUGUGGUAGCAGCAUAACGAGGAUCAAUUGUUUUAUGAGAGGGAAUAAUGCUGGGUUUUUAAGAUGAAAUGCAACAUUUUCAAUAAAAUGGUGAAAAAACUGGUAA